CGCGUUUCUUUUGUGGAGGGAGGCGCUUUCAUUGGUCCGCGCUACAGCGGCGCUAGAAAGAUUUAGUGCGUCAUUGUUGUUGCGAAGGGGGAGUACGACAGGAACAGGCAUACGUUUGGACAGAGAGGGCUGUUCAUCUCAACUUGUAGAUAGAUAAUGGAUCCAGAAAAUGACCCACAGGAAGAGGAAACUUUCAGCAACAAAGAGAGUAAUGGUAAGCGUUCCGCUGAGGAUAUGGAUGAGGACAAGCCUCAUAAGCGAUCCCGAAAUUCUGACGACAUGGUGGAGCUUCGAAUUCUGCUACAGAGCAAAAAUGCUGGAGCGGUGAUUGGAAAGGGUGGGAAGAAUAUUAAAGCUCUGCGCACAGAUUACAAUGCCACUGUGUCAGUCCCAGACAGCAGUGGGCCCGAGCGAAUCCUAAGCAUCAGUGCCGAUAUUGCCACAGUAGCUGAGAUAUUGCUGAAGGUCAUACCUACUCUGGAAGAGUAUCAACAUCAUAAUGGUGUCGACUUUGACUGUGAACUGAGGCUGCUCAUCCAUCAGAGUCUAGCUGGGAGCAUCAUUGGAGUGAAGGGCGCCAAGAUCAAGGAACUUCGUGAAAGCACCCAGACCACCAUCAAGCUCUUUCAGGAGUGCUGUCCUCAGUCCACUGACCGCGUGGUGCUCGUGGGGGGCAAAGCGGAGCGGGUGGUGGAGUGCAUUAAGACCAUGCUGGAGCUCAUUGUGGAGGCUCCCAUUAAAGGUCGAGCUCAGCAGUACGACCCUAACUUUUACGAUGAGACGUAUGACUACGGCGGCUUCAGUAUGAUGCAUGAAGAUCGGGGCCGUCGGCCUAUGGGCGGCUUCUCCUCGAGGGGGCGUGGUAGCAGUGGCGGCAGCAGCGGAGGUGGAGGCGGCGGUGGCGGCGGUGGCGGCGGCGGCGGCUUUGAUCGGAUGCCCCCCAGCGGAGGCCGUGGUGGCCACCACAUGCAAAACAGGAGAGACUAUGAUGACAUGAGCCCACGCAGGGGCCCCCCUCCUUCCCAGAGAGGGGGAAGAGGAGGGAGUCGUCCUCCACGAAACAUGCCCAUGGGACCCCCACACCACAGGAGAGGUGAUGAUCAGUACUCCUACAGCUCCCAGCGUGGCCACAUGGAUGAACGGCGGCAUGGGGAAAGACGAGGACGCAAUGAUCGUUAUGGAGGCAGCAUGAAUGAUGGAUACGACAGCAAUUCAUCUUGGGAUUCCUCUUAUCAGUCUGGUGGAAGGAGCAGUUACAGUGAAGGUCCUGUGAUCACCACACAAGUGACGAUUCCUAAAGAUCUGGCGGGAUCCAUCAUUGGUAAAGGCGGUCAGAGGAUCAAGCAGAUUCGUCAUGAGUCCGGAGCAUCAAUCAAAAUCGACGAGCCCCUGCAGGGUUCUGAGGACCGUAUCAUCACCAUCACCGGAACCCAAGACCAGAUCCAGAACGCUCAGUACCUGUUACAGAACAGUGCUCUGCACCUCUUGGGACGCCAGAACUAACCAGCCCACCUUUCUCAGGAUCUCCAUCCAGCUGCAGCUCAAGUCCGGUCACCACGUGAUGGCCUGACACACGACGUGUCCCUGUCUGUCACCUUCAUAGGAACGAAUCAUAGAAUCGUAUGAGCCCGAGCCCUUUGGUUGUCCUUGAUUGUGGAUUUUGUGGGAUUGUUUUUAUUUUUUAUUUUUAUUUUUUUGCUUUGUUUUUAUAAAUCUUAAUUUUAUAUGGGCCAACUCUCACUUCACAGAAAUCUUGGAUUAGCAGAUAACUGCUGUUCAACAGGACAUUGUUGUUGUUUUCCCUUUUGGAGUGAAUAUUUUGUGAGUUCUGACAUUUUUCCACUAUUCCAAACUCUUGAUCCAGAAUGUACACAGUUUUUGUUUAAUUUUUUUUUUUUUUUACACCUUGUUUUUCUGAGCGUUCUAAAAUGGCAUUAGAUAGAGAAUGAAAUGUAAAUAUCCAAUGAUACUAUGGAAAAUGAUUACUAUGGACAUAUGAAUAUAUCCUUUACUUUCUCUGUUCCAUGCGUGUAAUGUUUUAUCCUCAGAAAUGCAGAUAAUAUUUUCACCAGGUACUGAAGGCUUGCAGUACUUUUUUUGUACGUCUUUUCUCCUGUCUGUUGCUGGGUUUUUAGAAUCUAGUGUUCAAAAACUUUGCUCUACCUCUGGAAUUUUUUGUAGGUCUGCCAUCCUAAAAGAAGGCCCACAAUCAUUUUUUUUGUUUUGUUUUUUUUUUAAGAAGAGAAGAAAAAAAGUGGAUUUGAAGUUUUAGACUAUAUUUGUGUCAGAGCAGGAUGAUAAUUCUCACGCUCCUAUUCUUUGUUUUAUUUUUCUUAUCUUUAUUUUUUUACUCAAAUUGUCUCUAAAGUUCUCCAACCAGGCACAUUUGUAGAGUUUGUCAUUUGUCUGAAAUAAUAAAGGAAUUGCCAUUUUU